UGUCGGUCAGUUGAUCACGGAUGGGCUAGCUGCCAAGUUUGGGGUGAAAAUGUUGUAUGAACCAAAGAUACAAGGAUUUCAUGGGUCUGUUGAAGGACUCGAAAUGCCUGGGAGCCCCAACAACAAACGGUUAAAAGUUUCGUUUGCCAAGACAAACCAAGCACCUCUUAAAAUAUCCCCGCGCUUUGGAGGAUCGGCGAGAGGCCACAAUGGAGUGCGGUCCGUCAUCGCCGCACUAGGCACCCAAGACUUUUAUCGCAUCCGCAUUGGGGUUGGGUAUCCAAAGCAAGGGCCUCUAGAGCAGUUUGUUAUGGAGAGGUUGUCGGAUGAAGAGCUCGAGUAUUGGAGGCCGGGAGGAGAGGGAAUCGAAAAGGUGUGGGAGGCCGUCGUCAAGAUCAUCGAGGACGA